AUGGAUCUGUAUAAUUUCCUGUAUUUUUUACCUCUUGUAUCAACAUGCCUGGCCUCGGUAAUCACCCCUCGAAUGCCACUUCCCACCCUGCCAACCCUACCACGAAUACAAGCCCGCCAAACCACCAGCUUCACGAGCACUUGUGGUUUUUUGAACGGUAAUGCAAAUAUUCCUCGUGUUGCGCCUUCAGGCUCAGAUUGCCGUUACGAUACCGACGAAUCGGUGUGGGGAUUCUACGGCACUGCAACUACAGAACUUCUUGAUUGCAACAUUGCAGUUCGGUGCAAAGAUCGGGGUACCUGUUCUAGUGGUUGUGGAGAAAGUAAUGUUGCCGGCUACUUUACUCAGGAAUGGUGUCUCCGGAAGUUCCCCAUUUUGCUUGAAUGCUAUUCUGGUGGCCUGGGCAGACCAGUCGUAUUCAUUCUGGACGUGCGCAGUGGAACUACUACGCAGUUUUUUGAGCUAGUUGCGACGACCACAGCUGCUGGACCAUUAUCUACAUGGUCACCACCAUCUGCAGCGGCCGCACCUUCAGCUGUGUCGAAUACUAGUCCAAGUCCAGCUUCAGCUUCAGAUUCAGAGUCAGCACCAGCGUCAGCGUCGAAUUCGCCAUCAAACUCUGUCACCAAGUCAUCUACCUCAGGAUCCAACUCUAAAACCGUAGCAUCGUCGGUGCCUCGUUCGACAUCAGCCCCAUCAUCCCUUCCAGAAAAGUCCACGGAUUCUGCACUAGGUGUGUCAAACUCGCUCACUUCAGGAGAAUCCGUAUUCACCGUUUCUGGCUCCCUCGUCACCUCAUUUUUCGGCCAAACAAACACCGUGGGCGUCACAGUUUUAGUUACCACCACCGCCAGCGGAACCCCAUCUCCCAGCCCCUCCUAUUCUACCGCCCCAGCCCCCAAGAAUCCUCCCAAAUAUAAUCCCAAAGCACUGAUCGGCAUCGUACUUGGAGUUCUCGUCUUCCUCCUCCUCUUAAUCUUCACUCUCAUCUGGAUAGGAAAAUACCGACGAGCGCAAAAGAACAAAUCUACUACCCCCACAGCCGAAAGUCCUACGAAUUUCUUCUUCAGCAAUCUUCCAGAAGUGAUGGAGCCAUUUGCAAAAACUGAUGGGAUCCAUGAGUUGUAUGAUGAUCACGGGGAAUUGCAGGAAUUGGAUGUGGCAGGGGCAGUUGCUGGGAGGACUGGAAGAGUGAGUGUUAGGGAAUUAGCUGCCACGCCUGUGGUGGGUGGAAGACGAAGUGGUAGAAGAAGCGCGAGGGAGAUGGAAGGGGAUAUGGUGUGGAGCAGAGAGAGAAUAAGUAUUAAGGAGUUGGAUGGUGGUAUAUUUGUGAGGAAUGGUCGGAGAGGUGACAGCAUGACGCAGGUGUUUGAACUCGAUGGGCAAUCGUACAUAUGA